CCAGAAGUACUUCUCCUAGAAGGCCGGAAGGUCUUAACCUGGAAGACUGGAAGGUCUCCUCCUAGAAGACCAGGGGCCUAAUGCUCGUACUCGAUAUCGAUAGAUAAUUUGAAUUUUUGGAUUACCGUAUCCGUGAUCGAAUAAAAUUUAUCGAUAUGUCGAAUAAAACUAUUCGAGUUUUUGCCCGCCACAUUCUACCUGUCGAGACCAAAACAAAACAGAAGAAAAACGAAAUGAGCACGAAUUGCAACAAAAUAAAUUUUAAGCAAAAGGCAAUUAUGGCAGAUUUUAUGUCUGACCACCCGGGACUUGCCAAAGGAAAAAUUUCGAAUUGUCCAGAAGGUAGAGCGUCAUCCAAUCGUUUGUGGGAGCAGUUGACAACCAAAUUAAAUGGAGUAGGACCACUCGUAAAGAAUGUCACCUCGUGGCGAAAGGUAUAUAUUGAAAAGUGGUAUGAAAAAUUAUGUUUCACAGUUUUCCUUUCCAAGGUUUAUGCAGACCAAAAACAACAUGUUAAGAAGAAAUUAUCCUUUAACAAGGCAUCAAAGAAUCAGACAGGUGGAGGCCCAUAUGAAGAAAAACUCAUCACCCAAUCAGAAGAGCUGAUACUGGAAGCAGCACUACGAUCUCGAAUUUGUCUUCUUAUUAUAUUCAUAUUAUUACCGUCCUCAUCUUCCGAAGAGGAUAAUACAAAAAAACACGUAUCCAUAAUUUUUUUCAACUUUUAAUGAAGCGGCAAACAAUUGUUUUGUUUACUUUUUGGAUGAAAACAUAUGUUUCGAUUGUCGGUAUUUCGAUUAUUUUUUGACAAUAAUCGAUAAAUUUUUGAAUAAUUCCAUUCGAGUCGUAUCAUUCAAUUAGUAACUACGGAUCGUAAUUUAACUUCGAACAAAAUCUCACUCUAUAUCGAGUACGAGCAUUAGGCCCCAGAAAGUCUUCUCCUAGAAGACCA